AUGUCGCUCAAUGGUUUAGAUGAUCCCCCCAUCAUCGACGCCUACCAAUCUGCCCUGUCCGAGCCGGGAGGAUGGUUCCUGCUCAAGUAUGUCUCCCGAGACGUCAUCGCGCUGCUGGCCAGGGGCUCCGGAGGCGUCGCCGAGAUCCGCAUCACCAUCGACAGCUACGAGGAAAAAUCUCCCCUCUACGGCUUCCUGCAGUACCGCCGCCGCAAGGUCAUCUUGAGAUACGUCCCCGACGGCAUAUCACGCAUCCUACAAGCCCGAAUCUCCGUGCAGUUCCAGUCCGUCCUAGAUAAAUUCUCCCCCCACGACACCGUCUUCUCGCUCGCCGUCUCCUCCGAGCUCACCGAGAAUGCCCUCUCGUCCGCCUGUCUCCUGCACGCCGCCACCCGCUCCAUGACCUCGUCGUCCAAUUCCAUACGCCGCUGCCAAUUGGGAGAGAUCACCGAGGAUGCAGAGGUCGAAGACAGCGCCUCGAUCGCCGACCAGUCCGUGUCAGGCACCCUGGACGUCAGCAGCCGCAGAGAAAGCAUGUAUAGCCGACUCUCUGAAGCCACCGCCGUGCCGGACGACUACAAACCCGGCCGAUCGCGAGUUGGAUCCGUCGCCGACACGGCCUCCAUACGCUCCAAGGAUUUCACCGACCCCAGCAGGCACGAAAAACCGCUGCCGUCGGUGCCCCAGGAGUACGCCCAUGUCAACGGGGGGUCCGCCCAGAACCACCUCAUCGAACCCAGCGAACCCAGGAACUCCACGCAGUCGUCACGCCCGUCGACCCGCGAUUUAGACCAGGCCAGCCUGCACCGCCCGAAGGUGAAGCUGGGCCCUCGCCCGUCCGUCGAUGUCAACGGCCGGCCCCGCACCGCCGGCUCCAUCGGCCGGUCGCGCGAACGACGUCCUGUCGCGGCACUACCCGCCGGCGUCCGCCUCACCACGCGCAAAACCAAUGCGCUCCGACCCAAGUCCCAGCCCAACCUCGACCUGCCCGCUCUCCCUGCCGCCGCCGCCCCUCCCGUGCCGGCGCUGCUGCCUCCGCCACCGCCUCUCGUCGGCUCGUUUGCGAGAAACCCGCCCGCGUCGCCGCGCUCGAUCCGCAGCAUGGCGUCGUCCAUCGGCGUCACGCCGGAGAAGCAGCGCUUGAUGAGGGCCUUGGAGCUGCGGAAGAAGCAGAUGGAGAAGCAGGCGCGGCAAGCGGCCGAGAAGGUGAUUAAACAGGAGCAAAAAGUGCCAUUGCCGGAAGUCGAGGAGGAGCAGGAGGAGUCCGGCACUGUGCUUGACAAAACGGAUGCCUCUGAAGAGGUGGAAAAGGUGCCGGCUGCGGUUGCAACGGCGCCAGCGCCAGCUCAGACGGAUCCGACCUCGAUUGUGACGAAUGGCGUUAAACCGCCGGCUGCUGAUCAGUCCAAACCCGACUCGGCCGUGGAUCUGUCUAUAAACGAGAUUCCCCAAGCCGAUGUGUCCGUCCCAUCGGUAAUAUUAGACUGCAAAGAAGAAUCGCCAUUGCCAGAUCCAUCAUCAGAUGUCGUCCCAGCUUCGGACGCCGAUAGCGUAAAACCGGAAGUCGAGGACCAGGAAACACCGGUUUCCAGCUCUAUAAAUGGUGAUACAGAAGAAGAUACAUCGGAUAAACUAGACGCCCCAAGCAAAUUAGAAACGCCCAUACCCUCGAUUGAACAAGCAGAUAUUCAGCCCUGUGAUAUAGAGAUACCCUCCGAGCUUGAACGCCCGGAUACACCCACUCCACGAGCAGCAGACUUUUUACAGGAUGUCAAAGAUGAACCUGAAUCCAACAGGCUUUCAGAGAAGCAAGAAGACGCUGUUGCGCAGCAGAAGCCCGUACCUGAACUGAAUGUUACUUCUGAUAUAGAAUCCGUUCCAGAACAGGUCCUCUCAAGUGACGACGCCUCAGCACCCAAACAAAACCGCAAGGAGAAACGCCGUGCCAUGCUCGAGCCCAUCCGCAUCCCCCAGCGCACCGACGAUUUGGACGACGACAACUUGUUGUCCGACGACUCGCUCAUGGAAGAAUUGAAAUCCGCCACUCUCCAGGAGGCGAAGCCCGUGGCCGUGCCCAAAACCCCUCUCUCCGCCUUGUCCACCAACGGCGACGACAGGUGGAAGAGUCCCCGCCUGGUCUCCAAUCCGAGCCCCAGCAGCGGGUCGGACGUGCAAGCGCUGCCCGUGGGCCGAUCGGUGUCCGCGACGUACUACGACGGCCAGGCCGUUCCCGUCCUGGUCGCGAAGAAGGUCAAUGUGUCUUCUGGCAUCUCCAAACGCAUCAAAGCCCUGGAGAUGUUCUCGAGCCGCGAGUCCAGUCCGAGCAAUGUGCCCGUGCUGCCGGCACCGACGACGUCGUCGACAUCGCCGUUUGAGAAGUUUCGCAAGCGAACGGCUGCCGCGGCGCCAGCCAGCACGCUUUCGACGUCGAGCACGCCUUCAAAGUCGUCCAAGCCGCCCGCCGCGCCGCCGCCGGCGGCGGUGGUGGUGCCCGACAAGCCGGCGCAGGUCCUCCAGCAACGCCGCGAUUCGCUGUCUACGGUCAGUUCGAUGAAGAACAAGACCAACUCCGUGUGCGUCACGGCGAGGAUUAUUCGCGAUGUGUCCGUUCCGCCCGCGGAUCCCAGUGCAGAUCCGUCGGAGCCGAGCGUGUUGAACCUGCAGCGCAGCCAGUUGACCGUUGAGCACGAGGGCAGCAACGAGGAACGGGCGCGCCCGUCCACGCCGCCGCCGCCGCCGACGUCGCCUGCGCCUGCGCCCAAGCAGGAAAGGAAACGCUGGUCGAUCUCGUCCAUCGGCUCGAAACACGUCCCGGACGCGGCGCAGGUGCGACGGUCCGACUCUACGGCGAGCAAACCGUCGACGUCGUCGCGGUCGAAAUACGACGGCCCGCUGUCGCGCUCGUCCAUGGACACGCAUUCUCACCUGGACAUCGUCGACGAGGCGCAGGAGGACAAGAAAGAGUCGCGAAAAUCACGGCUGAUGCACCGCAUCUCCACCAUCACCACCAAUUCCCGCCGCGGCAUCAUCAACGCCCUCAGCCCGACCGUCAGGGAGGAAGACCCGCCCACACCACCGCCGAAAGAAGACGCGCCGCCAUCGCACCACCACCACCACCACCUCCCCAGCCCACUAUCACCGGCACCACCAGCAUCGGCACCAGCGUCAGCUCCGCCGCAGACCGUCGACAUCGGCGAGGUCAACGUGCAAUUUCCCGACACGCUGCUGUGGAAGCGCCGGUUCCUGCGCCUCGACGACCACGGCUACCUCACGCUGACGCCCGGCACGCUCGACGGCUCCGCGCGCCACAACAACAACAACAAUAAUAAUACCGCCGUCAAGCGAUACCACCUGUCGGAGUUCCGCACGCCGUCGCUGCCCGACCUCGACCGCCAGGAGUUGCCCAACAGCAUCGUGCUGGAUUUCAAGAACGGCAGCACGCUGCAGUGCGCGUGCGAGUCGCGCCAGGGCCAGAGGGCCGUUCUUCAGACGCUUCUCGAGGCUCAUAGCUCGAACUGGCAUCGCUAG